UUAUUAUAUUUCAUAUCAUUUUCAAUGGUCAUGGUAUCGCUGGAAAUCGCCCGUGAAUGGACGGUGGACGACGAGAUCAAGUUGUUCAACUUGGUGUGCGACUACAAACCAGCAGGAAAGAACAAGCACCGAAACAUGGUAUCGAUUAUCGACAACAUCAACAAGGGACUAGACUCUUCAUCACAGCCGUUUACAGCUUCUGAGAUAUGGGACCGACUCGAAGCUCUCUACGACUUGCCUCGCUUGGACGCCCUAGAAGACUACAAGGAAGGAGAAGAGGGUCUGGACCUGUUGAGAUCUGAAACUUCUCCAGAUAUCAAAGAAGAACAAGUAGUGUCCGAAGUUAAAAGGGACGAAAAGCAGAAACCAACGAAAAGGGCUCGAGGCAAAGACAGGCUAAGACGACCACAUGUAAAGAACGAAAAUAAUAACGACAGCGAUGAUGAAUCUUCAGGCUUAAGUGAUGUGGAAAAUGACAAUGCUGAAGAUGUAGAAGAAGCAAUAGUCCGAGGUUCGUCUGCUGAAGCCGAAGAAUCUAAACAUGAAACAAAGGAAGAGGAAGUGAAUACUCCAAAGAGAAACAAACUAAGUGUCUCUAUCAAAGAAGAUAAGGACGAGGACGAAAUCGAAUCUUCGGCUAGAAGAGUUACUCGUGCCAGAAAACAUUCAGUAGUAGAAAGCACACCUCCGGCCACUAAAAAGAGAACUCGUUCUUCUGCCAAGUUGGAAGCCGUAGAAACUCCGACUCCUCCACCCAAGAAGAAAACGAAGACAGCCACUUCUCCUCCGCCUGUCGCACCUAGAAGAAGAACAAGAUCCGAGACACAUCAUGAGGAUGACAAGAGCCAUGAAGAAGAUCUGUCGGAUAGCAAAGAAAAGGUGGCUAAAGAAGAAGAGGCUAAAGAAGAAGAUAAGGAAGAGCCAGAACCUGAACCUGAACCCGAGCCUGAGCCUGAACCUGAACCCGAACCGGAACCUGAACCUGAACCGGAACCUGAACCUGAACCACCCAGAGUGACUAGAAGAUCUACCAGAUCCGCCCCAGCAAGGAAGCCCCAAGCUCCCAUUAGAAGAAGUACCAGAAAAAGAUAG